UUUUUCGCAGUCAACCGUAGCCGUUAAUGUUUGUCGGCGCAGGGCUGUGUUGUCAUCAUACGUAAAAAAGGGGAGUCAAUCGAUAAAUUAGCGAAUGAAAAAAGAUAAAUUGUAGAGAAAUUUGUGUGGACUAUCAAUAAUAGAAGAUUCCUGUGAAAAAUGAUCGGUGGUUUGUUUGUAUACAACCACAAAGGCGAAGUUCUAAUUAGUCGGGUCUAUCGAGAUGAUAUCGGCCGCAAUGCAGUGGAUGCGUUCCGAGUCAACGUCAUCCACGCUCGACAGCAAGUACGAUCUCCAGUAACUAAUAUAGCUAGGACAAGUUUUUUCCAUAUAAAGCGUGCCAAUAUUUGGUUGGCUGCUGUGACCAAACAAAAUGUAAAUGCGGCCAUGGUUUUUGAAUUUUUGCUAAAGAUCAUUGAGGUCAUGCAAUCGUAUUUUGGUAAAAUUUCGGAGGAAAAUAUAAAGAACAACUUUGUUCUAAUUUACGAGUUGCUAGAUGAAAUUCUUGAUUUUGGAUACCCUCAAAAUACGGAUUCCGGUACUUUAAAAACAUUUAUUACUCAACAAGGCAUUAAGUCGGCAACAAAAGAAGAGCAGAUGCAAAUAACUUCUCAAGUCACUGGACAGAUUGGCUGGCGACGUGAAGGCAUAAAAUAUCGUCGCAAUGAACUCUUUUUAGAUGUUUUGGAAUACGUCAACUUGCUUAUGAGCCCUCAAGGCCAAGUAUUGUCUGCUCAUGUAGCUGGCCGCGUUGUUAUGAAGUCUUAUUUAUCAGGCAUGCCGGAAUGUAAAUUUGGCAUUAACGACAAAAUUGUAAUGGAAUCGAGAGGACGUGGACUAUCUGGAAAUUCUGAAGCCGAAACAUCUCGUUCUGGUAAACCAGUUGUCGUAAUUGACGAUUGUCAAUUCCAUCAGUGUGUUAAAUUGAGUAAAUUUGAAACAGAACACUCCAUAAGUUUUAUACCGCCGGACGGUGAAUUCGAAUUGAUGCGUUAUCGUACAACAAAAGAUAUAUCGUUACCAUUCCGCGUUAUACCACUAGUUCGAGAAGUGGGACGUACUAAAAUGGAAGUUAAAGUUGUUUUGAAGUCGAACUUUAAGCCUUCGCUUUUAGGACAGAAAAUUGAAGUAAAAAUUCCAACGCCCCUUAAUACAUCUGGAGUUCAAUUGAUUUGUCUGAAAGGAAAAGCUAAAUACAAGGCAUCUGAAAAUGCCAUUGUAUGGAAGAUCAAACGCAUGGCAGGCAUGAAAGAAACCCAAUUGUCGGCUGAAAUUGAACUUCUUGAAACAGACACUAAAAAGAAAUGGACUCGACCACCAAUUUCAAUGAACUUUGAAGUCCCAUUUGCUCCGUCUGGAUUCAAAGUUCGUUACCUAAAGGUAUUUGAGCCCAAAUUGAAUUACUCUGACCACGAUGUUGUAAAAUGGGUUCGUUAUAUCGGACGUAGUGGUCUUUACGAAACACGUUGUUAAAUGUAGCCUCCUAGUUGCAUACAUUAGUUAUUGUAUGUUGAAAAACUCAUUUAGCAAUA